GUUGUCAUGUUUGUUUGGCUGAUGGUAGCGGAAACCGAGGUUAUUUCCUCUGCUUACUAUUUGAAAGUUAAAACAACGUAUAUUACUCGCUAAGUGUAUUUUAUUUCAACACAAAAGUGAAACUAUUAAACUUUCAAAGUUUAGUCCAUGCAUUAGACAAAUCAGGCGCACGGAGUUGGUGGCACAGGUCGCAUUAGCGUUUGACAGAUGUUUUGAUAGCAGUUUGAUGGCUUCUAUACUGGUAAACGAUAACCCAAUUCUCUUACCCCUCAACGUGGAGAAAACGAUCUACGAUGGAUUCAUCACUGUGCAUGAAAAAGACCUGAGACUGAGAAUACAUCUACCACCAGAUCGCCAACUCAAAAAGGCCAAGUUGCAUUGCUGUUGGAAGUUAAAACACCUCAUAAAUGGCUAUGAACACAUUGUAAAGCAGAGACUGCAUCAGUCCACUGAUCUUGUCAGUUUCAUUCUGGAACUGAAGACUGUCUUGGAAGUGUGCCUAAGAAACCAUCCAAUGUGCGCCUCAAUUCCGCCUCCACAGUACUACUCCCAACUCAUCUUGGAAAUGGAAACCCUUGGGUGGGACAAACUACUUUUCAUAGACACGCAGUUUCAAACGUUGAAGGUGAAAGCCGAGGACUCGUCUGGACGGCAGCACAUUCUUACCAUUCACCUCAAAUCUAAGCACCCGGCAGAGGCUCCUGAAUGCUCAGCUGACCUGCCUGUCCCCCUUGACUUAAGAUGGACACCGCAGUCGUCUUUGAACCAACUCCACAACCAGUUCCUGCUGGUCAUAGAGGCUCUGACUGAGUUCUGGGAUGUUCUUGAUGAGGUUGACGCAAAGACUUGGAUUCUGGAGCCAGAAAAGCCGAGUCUUUCUGACACUAUGAGGCGAAUAGCUAUCGGAAACAAUGUCUCCAUUAAAGUGGAAGUGGAUCCCCGACACCCAAAGAUGCUACCAGAAUGCUGCCUGCUGGGAGCCGAGCACGUUGUGACUCCGCUGAGGAAUAAACUGAACGCCAAUAUGCAUUCAUGGAACCCGGACUCUGGUGUCUUGCAAAACCUCCAGGAUGUUUUGGAGAUCGAAUUCCCAUCACCUGCCACCCACGAAAAAUCUAUGUUCAGUGUGGAGUGCGGGAUUUGCUACUCCUAUCGCCUUGAAACUGCUAUUCCGGAUCAGGUGUGCAACGAUCCUCGGUGUGGUCAGCCCUUCCAUCAGGUGUGCCUGUAUGAGUGGCUGCGUGUGCUGCCCGCAAGCAGGCAGAGCUUUAACACAGUUUUUGGAGAGUGUCCUUACUGCAGCAAGCCCAUUACUGUGAAAAUGGCAGCUCAGAAGUCCUGAGAAGUGGCUUUGUGUUCCCCAUCAACCAAAGGAAACAGUCUAAAAGCUAAUUAGAGCCAAAGAAAAGAAAGUCACUCUUUGUGUUGAAAAAGUUGAAUCGAGGAAAGUCCAACUGGGUGGCGGCCAUGAAGACUUGACUGUUAACGCAUUUGGGGGGAAACAGUUUGCACAAUCACAUCUUCAGGAGUCAAGCGCUCAUGCUCAAAGGUGACAAAUGUGGCUCUUCUCCUGACUUCCUGAUUCACACUGAUGAUCUUGAGGUCAUCUGUAUGUCUCCAUCCUCUUGAGAAAUGUAUUGUUUGUUAUAAAGGGAAAUUUAAGGCUUUGCUCUGUUGAAACCAAGCUCAAUUAAAUAAAGAGAAAAGACUCAA